AUGGAGGACGCGCUUGAGGUUUUCCGGGAGAUGGUGCCAAGCCCGACGGUGGCAGCUUGGAACUCGAUGAUCCUGGGAUAUGUAGCAAGCGGGGAGAGCGAUGUAGCUCUCAAGUUCUUCGCCAGCAUGGACGAGCGGCCGGAUUCACAGAGCUUCGUAGCAGCGAUGAUGGCAGUGUCGAGCUUAGCCGCGAGAGAAGAAGGGGACGAUCAUCGGAGAAGGAAGAGUUUCUGGCUCCAGAGAGGGACUGAUCUUCACGAUCGAGCAGCCGAGCAGGGGUGUGAUUCCGACGUCUACGUUGCAUGCACGCUGGUGGAUAUGUACUCCAAGUGUGGUAGCAUGGAUCGAGCUCGCAGAGUUUUUGACGAGAAGUGUGGAGCUGGGAAUCCAAAUCUCGAUCCAGCGAGCGUGAGCGUGGUGGCCUUGAACGCGCUGCUGCUAGGCUAUGCCGAGAAUGGAAAACCGGAGCUGGCGUUGGAGAUGUUCGAGAGCUACAAAGAAACGUCCCAAGUUAACGAGAGAACAUUCGUAGCGGCGAUGGUGGCGUGCUCGAGCAUGGUGGAAUCGUUAGAAGGAGUGCCCGACCGGAGAAAGCUUCUCGAGAGAGGGAGGAGGAUCCACUCAAGAGCCACGAGGAAGUUCUUCGAUAACAACGUCUUCGUCACCAACUCGCUGGUGGAUUUCUACGCAAAGUGUGGCAGCAUGGCCGAGGCUCGAGCGGUGCUUGAUCGUAGAAGGAGCUCCUCGCCGAUUCCAUGGAACUCGAUGAUCCUGGGAUACGCGGCCAGCGGCGAGAACGAGCUAGCUCUCGAGCUCUUUGCGUCCAUGAGAGCUGAAACAGUGGCGAUGGAUGCUAGAACUUACGUCGCGGCUCUCUCGGCGUGCUCGAAUAUGGCGGCUCCCCAAUCUGGAGUAGCGAUCCACGCGGAGAUCUGCCGCCAGGGACUCGAAAGCCGGGAGUUUGUGGCGAGCUCGCUCGUGGAUUUCUACGCCAAGUGUGGGAAGAUGGGCGCUGCUUGCCAGGUCUUUGAUUCGAUCGCCACGAAGAGCACGGUGUUGUGGAACGCAGUGCUUGCUGGCUAUGGCGGCCAAGGAGAUUCUUCCCGGGCACUGGAAACUUUCCAGAGAAUGGUCGAUGAAGGCAUCGAGCUGGGGGGUGUGACGCUUCUCUCGAUCCUCACUGCGUGUAGCCGUGCUGGCCUGGUAGAAACUGGCAAGAAAAUCUUCGCGCGCAUGGAAUUCCAGCCUCGAAUCGAGCACUACCAGUGCAUGAUCGAUCUUCUCGGACGCGCGAAUCGCUUGGAGGAGGCUCUAGCAAUGAUCCGGAGCAUGCCCUACGACGCUACAGUGGUGUCGUGGACGACGCUGCUUGGAGCCUGCGAGAAAUGGAAGAAUGUGGAGAUUGGAGAGCUCGCAUUUCGAUCGCUAGUGAGCUUGGAUGAGAAUCACGGCGCAGCGUACACAUUGAUGGCGAAGAUUUUGGCUGGAUCGGCAGGAAUGCCUCCUCCUCGCGGGAAAUCGCAAGAACUGGUAAGAAAUAUUUCCACCAGGUAUAAACCCUAA